AGUUGUCAUAAGUUACUGAUAUAUCCGGCUGUCAACGUCACCGUUCUUUUCGGUUGUAGUGGAAGCAUGACAGGUUUUAGUGAAAAAGCCAUCCUGAUUGAUGGCAAAGGCCAUUUAUUGGGCCGAUUGGCCGCAAUCGUUGCGAAGACCCUUCUGCAAGGAAACAAAGUCACAGUCGUAAGAUGUGAGCAGUUAAACAUUUCUGGCAACUUUUGCAGAAAUAAGUUAAAAUACAUGUCAUUCCUCCGCAAGAGAUGUAAUAUCAACCCGGCUCGCGGGCCCUUCCACUUCAGGGCUCCCUCCAGGAUCUUCUGGAAGACAGUAAGAGGAAUGCUGCCACACAAAACUGAACGAGGAAAACAAGCUCUACGUAGGUUAAAGUCAUACGAAGGUAUUCCACCUCCGUAUGACCGCAGGAAACGCGUUGUUGUUCCUGGAGCCCUGAGAGUUAUUUGCCUUAAACCCGGACGUAAAUACUGUCACGUUGGCCGUCUGUCCCACGAAGUCGGAUGGAAAUACCAAUCGGUUGUUCGUACGUUGGAGAGCAAACGUAAGGUUAAGGCUGUUUUGGCUAUUCGUAAACGUGACAAACUCAAGAAGCUCACGAAGAAGGCGACUGAGAAGGUUGCCAAGCAUACCGCACCUUUCACAAGUCUUAUUAAUUCAUACGGUUAUAAUUAAAGUGUUUAAUAAUAAAUGACUUAAUAUUAUAACUGAAGAUGUUUUUUGUGAUUCGGAUUGAACAAGAAUGGAUAUUUUAUAGUCGUUUUUUUUGUAUUUAAUUUCAUUUAUUAAUUAAUAGAAGUAUUAAAAAUAAGCAAGAGUCAAUAAGAUUGGCAAAAUUAUUACUCUUAAAGCCGGCG